AUGAAUACAGGUUAUACCUUCCCACCCGCAGCGAGUGAUGACAAAGAGACGGCAUCUGAGUUCAAAUUCCCAAGACCCUCUGAAAGCAUACCACUGGAUGUUUCUGAGGUGGUAAAUGAAGAACCAGCGGCCAAGAUUGACCUUGACGUGGGGGAAACUCAACCUAAAACUAUUAGCAUAGAUCCAGUGUUAGAAACGAUCGAGGACAUUGGCAGGUCUUCAACUCCCAUUCCAGAGACUGUUGGUUCCAAAGCUCAUCAAGACGGAGAACAAACAGUGGACGCGGAACCCAUUUCGGCAGUAUCAAGUAAUAGGUCAUUUGCUAACGAAUAUGCUACCAGCAUCCGGCAACAGUUAGCCACAGACUGGAAAAGCCCAUCCGAAUACGCUCUGCACAUACUUUUCACCAAAUUUGUACGUCAUGCCGAAAGUAUGCUAAAUCUAUGUCUGGAACACCCAUUAGAUUCAGAACCUCCAAUUGUUGAUAUUCUUGGCGAAGGCGUGGAUCAAACGUUCGACAGCAUUAUCGAAUCUUUGGGAUAUAUUUCCAAGAAGAAACCUAAACCAGUAAUCGAUGCUAUGAUGUUUUGGAGGAAGACCAAAUCUGAGGUCGCUGCGGUAGCAGCGGAUAAUGUCGAGAGAUCAAUACGAGAUUAUGAGCAAAUGCGACAGAACUACGGAAAUCAAGAAUACUUGAAACAGACUGCCGGUAGCACACCCAAUAGCAAAACAUUUGUGAACUCUUCAAGCUCUGGUAGCAGAAGCUUUCACAGGAGAAACAACUCAUCAAGAUCAUCCAAUAGUACCACUAGUUUUGUGGAUUCUAAACUACGUUCAAUGGAUGAGCAAAUUGAAGCCGCAAAGGAAACUGCUUUUCAGGCGGAUAGAAAGUCACUCAUCAGCAUUUUCAUUUUAUGUCGUGUGCUUAUUGAAAUAGUGAAGCAGACCCCCGACGAUGCCGAUGAAGAUCUCAACGAUAAACUAGAGGAGAUCGUUUUCACUCAACUUAAGACAACAGAUCCUAUAUCAAUAUCCUCAAGUAUUAUAAAAUCUUCUAACUGGAAUUCAUUUGCAGAGCUUUUGGGAUGUAUGUCGGAAAAAAAAUUCGUAGCGGUAAGUGAUAGAUUCAUCGCGGACCUUGAAAAGCUGCCGAACUAUAUUUCAAGGGAAAUGGAGCCAUCUGUGCAUUUAUUAAUUCUUGGCAUGAGAUAUCUCAGACUAAAAAACUAUCCCUUGGAACAAUUCGAAGAAAGUGCAGAUUUCAUCAAAUCGAUCGCCAAGUUUUUUUCAACAUGCCAAAACUUUUCUGUCCGUUUGGCAUACGCUGAAGUUAUCAGCCAACUGUUACUUCCUUUAGCAGGAUCUGUUACCGCAGAGGUGAAUCAUCCAACAUGGGUUGAGGCUAUGACUAUGAUCCUUUCAACCUGUAAGAAAUUGCAGAAUGACAACAAAUUUUGGUCUAGUGCUUUUAAACUUACUGUGUCAGUAUUAAGUGUAUCUCCACAAUCACUUUUCACCGAAAACUGGGUAGAGUUAACCGAAAAGAACGUCACGAAAAUUAAGUCGAAACGUCUCGAUGAAAGGGUAACAUUUGCUGUGUGCCUCUCACGACUGGUUUGGGUAUAUUUAUUCAGAUGCACUGAAACUUUGAAUAAUACAGAAAGGAGUUUAAAGCGACUCUUCACCUUGUUUUUGAGCACCAAAAAAAAGGACAAUUGGAUUACAGCCGAAAUGGACUUAAUUAAUCCACUUACCGAUGUUUUGGUAACGAUAGGAUGGGUUCACCCUGUGUUCAUUCUCGAGAAUGUGAUAAUACCUCUCAUAAGGAUGUCAUUUAAUGGAUCAACUCUAGAUAACUUGGGAUACGAGCGAUUGAUUUUGGCAAUUGAUUCAUAUAGGGGUCUACUGAUGUCAAAUGAACGCCCAGAAUUUCCUGAUAAUGAGAGUCGGUUUUAUGAGAUGAAUUUAAACAAAAUAUCCAGUAACGUGAGCAAGUCAGUUCCUAGUGACCAUGAAGAAAUAUGCAAGUAUUUCUAUAAAAUGUUCCUUCUUUUAGAUUCCACUAUUGGAUCAGAAGUUUGGUCUCCAGAGAAUGAGCAUCAGAGGCAGCCCUCAACCCCCUUUUCUAGCAUUUCUUCCUUCAAUUUUGGGUUUACAAGUGAAACCAGUAAUAAUAAUAACAGAAAUUUGAACAUUGCCUUGUUCGCUACUUUGAUUGAGGUCAUUCCUUGCUGUCUAGCCGUAUCAGGUAGUAUCCCAUUCAAGUCAACUAUUGAGAUUCUGGCCAGAAAUGCUGCACAUGGUGAUCUGCUGAUAGCGACAAGUGCACAAAACGCUCUGAAGGCCCUUGCAUCUAAAAAGAACCCCUAUACAUUGAUUACUUGGUUUGCGAAGUAUUCCUUCGAUUUCGAUGAAAAAACGCAAUCAAGCUAUAACAUGUCAUAUUUGUCCUCCAUAGAAUAUCGAAGAUUAUUGGUUCUAUACGUUGAAUUACUACAGUGUUGGCUGGAUGAAUUUAAAAGCUCAAGUAAGGAGGAAAUGAGCCGUUCUUCAGGUCUCGAUGGAAUUCAGUUACCUUUCAAGGAAGGUGAAGAAUCUCACGAGUCAACUGAGAAUGAGAAACUGGAGUGGAAAAAUACUGUAACGGUUAUCGAAGAUGUUGAGGGCAAUGGCCUUUUUUUCCUAUGUUCUCAUGAUCACAGCAUAAGGCGUCUUGCUAUUCAAAUUUUAAAACUUGUCUCCAAGUUUGAUGAAGCGAUGCUAGAAAAAACGUGUAAAAUGGAAAGAUCGCAUUCACGCUCAUCCUCCAGAUUCGUUGCUGAAAGUGGUACGCGUUUAAUUGACCUUUUAAAUGACUAUGAAUAUACUCAUUUACUUGAUCCAAAAAGAUCCAGAAUGAGCGUUGCAGAAAAAUCAAGAAUAACAAAACUCAGCAUGAGAUAUAAGUCUGGAGUUUUGGUAAGAUUGGCCGAGUCUGAUUAUGGAGUUGAUGCUGCAUUGUGGCAUCGAAUGUUUCCAAAGCUUUUAUCAGUCAUUUUCGAACGAGCUCCCAUAACCAUGGCUCUGUGUCGUUCAAUUGUUUGCAUCCGUCUCGUUCAACUCCAUGAAAUUAUUCUUUCGAUAGCGAAUAAUAUACCAAACAAAUUCAAGGAAACGUUACCUGAGGUGAUUGUGAAUCAGUGGAAACUUUAUUUAAUAGUCUCGUGUUCAUCACUCACAUCUACUAAUGAUCAAAAAUUACAUAUUCCGACGACUAAUCUUCAGCAUGGACGAAACAAAUCACAACAGAUAUUCACCGUGCAACAUCAAAAAAUAAAUUCUGCGACGUCCAUAUUCAAAAUGGUUCUUCCGUUACUCAACUCUCAGAAGACAAUUGUGAAAGAUGCGAUUAUUACUGGGUUAAGCUCCAUGAACAUCAACAUUUAUAAAGCAUACAUUGAAAAUAUCGAUCGUUUUUUGACCACCUGGAGAGCUGACAGUUCGUCCAAUAACAUGAGAGUGGAGAUGUUUCAUAUUCUUGCCAUUCUGGCACCAUUUUUAAGCAGUGAAAUGCUUUUACAGGACGAAUGGAUCCUAAAAAAAAUAUCUCAAUAUUUGAAAGAAACCAAGAAGUUUUUAGAAGCCAAAGAAACUCAGUGCUCUUUUCACUAUCAACCUUUAAGAAGAUAUUUCGCCAGUCUUUUAUCCAGUUAUUAUCUGGCUAUUAAAAGACACCCUUUGAUGGAGGAAUUGUUCCCCUUUGAGGCAAGAGCUUCAUGUUUAAAUUUCUUGAAAGAGUGGUGCGGCUAUGGCCAAUAUUCAAGCACCUCAAAAGAAAGGUAUGAUGUGAUGAAGGGUAGUGAGCAUACACGCGAUAGAAGUACCUUAGUAACUGCGAUCGAAUUUGAACGCUCGAAACUCGAAAUUGUCGCUCUGGAAACCAUGGUGAAUUUAUGUUCAGAUUCCAUAACCAAAACUAUCUAUGAAAUCCCCGAUACACCAAUUUUAAUAUCGUUCGAUAUCGCAGGACUUAUGAGCUGGAUUGAUGCUCUCUUCAGUUCUCGAGAGAUACGAAUUAAGAAUUUCGGCGUCAGUGCCUUGAAGAAUCUUUUAGAAAAUAACAAGAGUAAUUCGCAGUUAUACAAGAAUGUGCUUAUGCAAUAUUCCUUGCAUAAUCUGGAUACAUCUGUUGCUUCUUUAUAUUACUCCGCUGUGUGUGAAUCCCUUUUGAAUAUGGAAAACUUAAUAUUACCAGAGGAAGAUCUCGUAUCAUUGGGAUUAAGUGGGCUUUAUAAUGAGAAUAGCGAGGUGCGGUCAUAUUCUAUUGAUCUUCUUUCAGUGAUUGAAACAAAGAUUCACAAAUCAUCUUACACAAAGGUGUUUAAGGAGAGAUUAGCGAACGACUCGAAAACGGUCUAUAAGUCAACGGCAAAAGAAAUUUCUACAAUAUUUGCGGAGCUUCCUUCGUCUGAGGUAAGAUUACAAAUAUUUUCCAAGAUGUGUCAAAGCAUCGAGUUCUUAAAAUCAGAAUUAAAGCAAGAUAUUUUGAUUCUCUUAGUGCCAUGGGUGCAUAAAUUUGUUUUGAAGUCUGUUGAACACCUUGGAACUUUUAUGGUUUUAAGCAAUCUUUUCGCAAUUACAGUAGAGUUGAACGACAGGUACCCCAUGGAAACGGAACAGUUAUGGAUAUCUUUGGGGAAAGGAAACGGCUUUCAGAAUAUACAUGUUGCACUGGAUUACAUAAUGACUACUUCCAUCAACUAUCGAAACCCAGGAUUCGUCAAUAAGGCAAAGGACGUUAUUUUGUAUUUAGCUAACGUUCCCAGCGGCAUGGGUGUAAUCGACUCUUUCCUGAUUAAUUUAGAGCCUAAACACAUGAUUCCCGAGACUUUUAAGUCAGCUGCUGAGCCUAUAAAUGAUGGAAGGUAUGCGUAUAUUGCUAAUAUUUGGACAAUGAUAAGAUACCGAGGAAAAGAGGUCAUAUUUUCUAAGGCGCAGUUGUCAAUUGUAUUUCUCGUGAACUUGCUAACAAUUCCCAAUGAAUCGAUGAGAAGCAAGCUUCCACUACUCUUGCAUAUAUGCAUAUCGUUGCUGGAUCACUACGCUCCCAUAAUCCAGGAGAGUGCAGCUAAAAUAAUCUCUGACUUGAUUUUUGGCUUAGCUCCCACUCACGAGAAAUCGGAGGAAACUGUGGCCUUGAUCAAGGAUCGCAACCAAUUGUGGGCGUACGACAACUUACUGAAGGAUAAAAGGGGUGCCCGUUCCCCCAAGGCAAUGGAUUCUUUAGUGCGGAAUAUCGUUACCAUAUUUUCAAGUUUUGACACACUACAAAUAGAAUGGCAAAGAAUUGCUCUAAAAUGGUCCACAACUUGCCCCGUCAGACAUAUUGCCUGCAGAUCUUUCCAAAUUUUUAGAUCUUUACUCACAUUUCUAGAUCAACAGAUGCUACGAGACAUGUUGCAUAGAUUAUCGAACACGAUAUCGGAUGAGAAUUCAGAUAUACAGGGUUUUGCUAUGCAAAUACUGAUGACCUUGAAUGCAAUGACGGCGGAGCUUGAUCCUGCUAAAUUAAUCGAUUUCCCUCAAUUGUUUUGGUCAGUAGUGGCUUGUCUAAGCAGUAUCCAUGAACAGGAAUUCAUCGAGGUACUAUCAACCCUCUCGAAGUUCGUGUCAAAGAUUGAUUUAGAUUCGCCGGAUACAGUUCAGUGUUUGAUCGCUACUUUCCCUUCAACUUGGGAAGGCAAAUUUGAUGGAUUACAGCAAAUUAUCAUGUGUGGGCUCCGCUCAGCGAAUUCUUGGGACAUAUCUCUCGAUUUUUUGGAUAGACUCAAUCUCUUCCACGACAGUAGAAUCAUUGCCAAUAGCGAAUCAAGGGUUCUGUUCGCAUUGCUAGCCAAUCUUCCUCGUUUCCUACAUGCAAUGGAUACUAAUGGCUUUAAUUCGGACAUUAUGAAAGCGGCCGAGGCUUUGAUCGUCCUCGCUAAUUCAAAUCAACAGUUGUCCCUUGCGAGAUUGGUCGAUUCGCUUUCCAAAAACAAGUUCAGAUCGAAGAAAGACUUUUUGAGCCAAGUCGUAAGUUUUAUCUCUGGAACAUUUUUUCCAGAUUACUCUGCACAAACUUUGGUAUUCCUUCUUGGGCUACUUUUCAAUGAUAUUGAUUGGGUAAAGAUUCAAACCUUACAGCUCCUCAAGUAUAUUUUCCCAUUGAUCGAUCUAACUAGGCCCGAAUUCACUGGUGUUGGUGCUGAUUUGAUAUCUCCACUACUGCGACUAUUGCUGACUGAAUAUGAGCCACAGGCGCUCGAAGUUUUGAACUCCGUCCAGAACGUUUCAGGAAGUAAGAUGGAUAAGGACGUUUUAAGGAUCAGUAUGGGUAACAAAGAUGCGAAAAAAGCCUACAGUAGAACAGCAACCCUAUUUGGCAUUCCAGAGCCCAGUGGUUGGUCAGUACCCAUGCCCGCGAUGACCGCUGCAACUACUCGCCACAAUGUGCAUGCUGUGUUCACGACGUGUCUAGAAAAUGUUGGCGAGGAAUCCACACAUCAAGAACCUGAAAGUUUGGGCGAGAUUGUUGAAUUUCACGCAGAUGGAGGCUACGUCCCAGUUUCAUUGGAAGGAAAUGAUGCUGCAUCAGUUGUUGAGGACAAGGAUGGAAGCUUAAGUCAUAUGUGGGCAGAACUCGAUAAUUUAGACACAUUUUUCACUACGGAAGCAGCUGCAACCGAGUCAGAUAUAGACUCGAAAUACUCGCACCACAUUCACACCAAUUCGAGUGAUACUACUCAUAUAGAUCAAACUACAACCUUGGAUUCUGCUCCGCAACUUUACGAUAAGAAGGUGUCUGUGAUUCUGAAUCGUAGUCUGACAAGAACGCCAUCCAAUGUAUCUUUCAAAACAAACUUGGCGGAUUCGUUUGGAACGAGUAUGAAGGGAGGACCUUCGGUGAUGGACAAUCUAACUUCACAUACUUCUAGAAGCCACAUUUAUGGCACUAAGUCCAAUGCACGUGAAACAAGCCCCCCUUCUACAAAAACACCGCAGCCCGUACGGUCGCCAUCCAGACAGGGACUCAGUGUAGCGUCGCCUGCGAGAAACAGAACCUCUGAUAACCCACCAGAACUUCUCUUUAGAUUCGAAGGCUUGUUGAGAAAUCCACAUAGAGGCAAAAAGAAGUGGCAACAGCAGCAACAACAACAACAGCAAUUAUUGGCUCAGAGCAUCCAUGAGCAACAAAGCGCUUUCACGUAUGAUCAAGACACCAGCUUUUCUUCAUCGCCCACAUUGGGAAAUAGAGGAAGUCCUCCACUUUCACCAGCGCUUCCUGAAAAUUCAGCUCAAAACGCAAAUACCAAGGAAUCUUCCAAAUCUAAGACAAUGAAUAAACAACCACCUUCAAAGACAAAACAUCAGAAGCACCACUAUCAUCUGCCACAUUUUUCAAAUCGGUCUUCAGAUGGCAAAUCGACACCUCCUUUGUCAAGCUCAUCUAACGCAUUUACUUUAAGAUCGACGCCUUCUCCUCGUUCAAGCAAAUUUUUGAGUCCCGGCAUACCAUCCUCUUCUCAUGGACAAUUUAGUAAAAUGUCGAAGAUCCCUACACCAAAAACUAGAACUACAAGUAGCAACUACGAAGCCUCUACCGUAAGACAAUCAACGCCUGUUCAGAAGUUGAUGCAGGAUAGAAAUAUAGAGGACGAUUUACUUAUCGAGCGCCAACUCCUGUCUCUUCAAGAUGAACUUCAAAAUCGUUCGGUGAGUAGCGAUUCCAUUUCCUAA